AUGAGCCUUAACGAUUCGGAGCCGUCUGGAUCAGCUAAGAAGAAAAAGCAGCCUCACCCUGCCACCUACAUAGAUUCUUUCAAGACUGGUGCAACUCACAGGCGUAUUUAUGCUUACUACAGCAGGAACGAGCAUCCUACGAGUAAUUAUUUGCUAUGUUGUUGGAGUGGUGAUGUUAAAGAGGGCAUUAUCGCGUGCACAGUACUAAAUGAGACCACUCGCAGGUCUGAGGUGUGCCGCCUGGAGCAGGACGUUCUGGGCCUGCGCGACCUGCUGUCUCGGCGCGAGGAGAGCUGGCGCCGCGCCAAGGCGCGCGAGCUGGAAGCGCGCAAGAAGAUCGCCUCGCUCAGCACCGAGCUGGCCACGGUGCGGCAGCUGGCGCAGAUGCGCCGCAACCAGUCCGACGAGCUGGCGCACCGCCUGCAGGAGGCCCUGUUGGAGCUCAAGAAACACAAAGUGGAGAACGACAAACUUCGAAACAAUGUUGUGCGACUAAGAAAUCGUGAAAGGAGUUUACUAACCACACUGACGAAGAAAUGCAAGAAAAGUUCUGCCAAAGCCGAACACAAGAAAGGGCGACAACAACGGAAGAAGUCAGUGAAAAGUUCCCUGCAACCGGAGAGCGUCAUCUCUUCACCUCGUGGUGAGACCUCACCAAGGGGCAUACUUCGUGUUCAAUGCUGUCCUCCUUCCCGCACUUAAGUGUCUGUUGUCUUGAGGGAUACAUGUGUACAGAAACGACGUUUCAAGUGAAA